AUGUUACAGAAACAAGAGCUCCUCUCUAAAUCAUGUUAUAUGAGUCUACAUGCAGUGAAUAUCAUCUACUUAAGACACAACGUGUUCGAUCCGGCAACAUACGACAAGCUUAUGUCCGAAGCUCCCAAGUUCAAAUUGAUCACUCCUAUUCUCUCUGACCGUCUUCGGAUCAAUGGGUCUCUUGCUAGAAAGGGGAUUAGAGAUUUGAUGGCCAAAGGAACGAUCAGGAUGGUCUCUAUUCACUCAAGCCAACAGAUGGCUACCCACAACUAA